UCCCUGACACUCUUUCAUCCCCAUAUCACUCCCCUAUAAAACCUUCUUCCCAAGAUCCCCACCAGCCUCGUUCUCGCACCAAACUUAGAAAAACAUUAUUACCAACUCGCCAUACCUAACUAUGUCCCUACUUCACUUUACCGCAGCAGCCGACAUGGCUAUGCAACUCCCACUAAGAAUACUUUGAGACUUCUAAACCUCAGGAUGGUUCGCCUCCGCCGGAGUCCUACAAACCUCGUCCGAAGCGACUGAUCACCCACCCAACCUACCGAAUCGCUCAGGUCUGGUUCGACAUCCCACCAGGUGCAGAGGAUCCUCAUGUCUAUGCCUGUCCCCAAUACCACCAUGGCCUGUGGGUCGAAAAUGAAGCCGGCGGCGGUGACCUCCACCACGCCACCGGCAGCAUCUCCCACAUCGAAGGUCUUCUCCAAACAAGCCUCAAUUGGAUACCUCAGCACCAGCCGUUACGCAGACCUCAAAGAACAUUUCAGCGAUUGCGCUACACCAACUCGGCAGAAGGCGUGGAAUGACUCGACGAACACCACGGAACCGAUCAAAUGGAUCCAACCCACAAUAUUUUACACUCCUAAUCACUUGGAAAAAUUCGAAUUUCGAGCUUUGGAGACUGAUCAGUACUUUGUCGAGCAAGAGUUGUUGCCUAGAGUCUGGGACUUUGCUGUGCCGUUCGAUAACUAUGAGCGGGAAUCAAGUGGGUUCUUUCCCGUGGCUCAGUGGGUACCCCAGGGGGGUGGUCCACUUUCGUUCACUCCCGUGGUUCAGUGGUUAGCCAGGGGUUAUUGAUUUGAGAUCACUUCCUGUCGUUCGCUUGCUGUUUGUUUGGAUCGCGGGGGU